AUGGGGCAAGUGUAUGGCCUCAUGCUAGAGGCCACGGUGAAGACCAACGUGGCGGCCCAGGCUGGAGCCGCCAUGUUUGUCAAGCGCACGGAACUGCUGUUGGCAAAGGACAAGCCCGCAUUCCUGGCGGAAGUCAAGGCUAUCCUAGUCAAGAGGUGGGACAAGCAGCUGCAUAACCCACUACACGCUCUCGGGUGGCUCCUCAACCCCCGCAAUCAGUACGUGGGGGAAGUGCGGGAGGAUGAGGAGGUGAGGAGUGGGGCGGAGGCGGUCAUCCACAAGGGCGAGGGGCUGUUGGGGUCCCCCGAUGCACGGUGGGCUGCAAAGGUCUUGGUGGCGGGUGGGCGCCAAACGGAUGCCGAAUGGUGGUGGAUGUAUGGCGGGGAGGUGAAGGCGCUGCAGUCGCUGGCAGUGAUGAACCUGUCACAGCCGGUAACGUCAUCCGAGGUGGAGCGUUACUGGUCCGCGAUUGCUCGUGUGCAACGGCGUGACCGUAACCGCAUCUCCGCCAAGAAGAUGACGGACGUGACCUAUGUCGCGUUCAUGAGGAGGGCUCGGGACACCUUUGACAGGAAGCAGAAGGUGAGGGAGAAGCUCUACGCCGAUCUGAGCAACGGCACCCUCAAGGAAGGGAGUGUCGUCGCCCCGGCAGAGGAAGUGGUGGAGGAAGAGGGGGCUGAGGAGGAGGGAGAGGUGAAUGUGGCAUGCACCAUUGACUGGGACCUCUUCGGGCAGAUUGGCAAGAAGAAGAAAAAGGAGCGUGAGAGCUCCAACAGGAAGAGGAAGGGCAAGGCGACCAAGCCUAGCAAAGGUAAGAAGAAAGCCGCGGCAGCGCGUGAGGAUGAGGAGGAGGAGGCGGCGGACAGCAGUGGCGAUGAGGAGGAGGAGGCGGCGGACAGCAGUGGCGAUGAGGAGGAGGAGGCGGCGGACAGCAGUGGCGAUGAGGAGGAGGAGGCGGCGGACAGCAGUGGCGAUGAGGAGGAGGAGGCGGCGGACAGCAGUGGCGAUGAGGAGGAGGAGGCGGCGGACAGCAGUGGCGAUGAGGAGGAGGAGGAGGCGGCGGACAGCAGUGGCGAUGAGGAGGAGGAGGCGGCGGACAGCAGUGGCGAGGAGGAGGAGGAGGAGGCGGCGGACAGCAGUGGCGAUGAGGAGGAGGAGGCGGCGGACAGCAGUGGCGAUGAGGAGGAGGAGGCGGCGGACAGCAGUGGCGAUGAGGAGGAGGAGGAGGCGGCGGACAGCAGUGGCGAUGAGGAGGAGGAGGCGGCGGACAGCAGUGGCGAUGAGGAGGAGGAGGCGGCAGACAGCAGUGGCGAUGAGGAGGAGGAGGCGGCGGACAGCAGUGGCGAUGAGGAGGAGGAGGCGGCGGACAGUGGUUCUUAG